AUGUCCGACACUAGCGGAAGUUGUCUGUUCCUCGGCUUGCCCUUGGAGAUCCGCGAGCAGAUAUAUGGCUAUCUUCUGACAACCAAAUCGACUAAAGAAUACGUCCUGCACAAAGCACCGAGACUCGGCAGAAGGAACCCAAGAGAAGUCAAUCCAAGCAGUCAACACCGGCCGGGGCAUGUAUAUCGUUUUCAGACAGCAAUAUUGCGCACGAACAGACAGAUCAACAAGGAGGCCGAGCAUGUCUUUUAUGGUUGGAAUCAAUUCGUGUCCAUAUCCCAUAAUUGCAAUGUCAUGAAAGCCUUCAACCAUCUGCAAGAGAUUUCCAAAAAAGAAGGCAUCAAAAAAUUCUUCGAACGAAGAGGCUUCCCGGUCCUCGCGAUAGAUCAGACAGCAAGAGAUUUCGAACACUACGCCAUGGACGUCUUUUUUGGUCAGUUUCCCACCGCACCAACCUCUGCUUCGCUAGAAUACUGGUGGACCAACGGAAAGAGAAGCGAAAACGACUGGCGGCAAAAAAACAUGUUCAUGAUUGCCUGCGAUGACUUACAGCAGCUCUGCAAGGUUAUUCUAGAGGUCCAUCAUUGCGUAUACCGUCGUGCUAGGUUCCCAUCUCGAGACCAUACAAUACUCCUUGUGGACGUCAUCAAUCGUGGCGACCGGCUGAGAAGAUGCUUGAAAGAUGGCUCCAUUCCAGUCGAUAUCAGAGUAAAGCGACUUCUCGAACCCUUUCGAAGGCUCCACAGCAUUGGCAGAGUCAUCAUUGCAGGACGGAUGAACGAGCAAUACAGGAGUGAGAUUGUGGCCAGUAUUAUGAGAGAGCCACCAACCGUCGAGGAUCUGAUUAACACGGCUUGUGCGACCAAAGCAGAAGGCGACGAGGCCUUUCGCAACAAGGACUUCUACGCGUCUAUUUCAGCGUACGAGAAGGCGUAUAGCGACAUCGAGGCUGGUCAUCAGCCUUCAUCCCUUUUUGCUUUAGUUGCAAAAGGCAAAUACGAGGGACUACUGGUCUCGCGCGCCAAGGAACACCUCUUAUUCACACUGCGUCUGGAGAUUGUGGCAGCCCUGUUGCAGCUUCGUGAGUGCCAGCAUGCUCAAAACUGGGGAAGGGUGGAGCUCUACACCCACAAAAACGUGAUCUCCGACGCCGAAUUUGCUCGGAUUUGGCACCUUAGGUCGCAAGCUAGUAGAGGGUUGGGUCACUACGAGGUAGCCUAUCAUGAGCUGGUUCAGGCGGUAGUAACCCAUCCUGAUAAUAAAGACAUGGCGGCGGAUCUUGGAAACAUGACCGCCAACGUAUUGAAGAGCUCGGCGAUACCUUCGCGUAUCAAACGGAACUUAGGAUGCAGCCAUUUGUAUGACUUGCAGCCGGCAAUCCUCCGUACCAACAAGCAGAUCAACAAGGAAUCCCGCCGUGUCCUCUACAAUGAAAAUCUGUUCGUUCUGGUCAAAUACCCUCAGGGUUUUGGGUUAGAUGGAGUCCUGACACAGGAUUUGACACUACUGGCCGCCAAAGAGGACGACGUACGCUGUUUCCGGUCAGAUUUGCUUAUCAGCUUGCACGUGGACCUUUGUCUGCCGGGGAUUGAGUCACAAAUUGUGAUUGCUGCCAACGAGCUUCCGGUGUUCUGCAGAUUACUUAAACAGUUCGAUGACAAGAUUUCCGGAUUUUUGUCCAGACUCAUAUUGUCACUCGGAGUUUUUCCCUCUUACACACUGGACGUCGACGCUUCCGCGCAUAUGAGAAAAUCCAGCCGAGUGUCAUGGAAACCACGUCCUUUACUGCAACAGCGUAAGCUUCUAGAACCUUUCGCAGGGCUCCAUAGUAUGACGAACCUUAAGAUAGCGGAUAUGGACGGCAAGACCCAAUAUAUCAAUGUGAAACUAAUGGAAGACGUCAAGAAGAGGGCCAGUCGGGCACCAUACAGCAUGGAAGAGGUUCUGGACACAUCAGCCAAGAUCAACGAGAAGGGCAACGAAGCCUUCCGCGCCGGUGACUUUGCGCUCGCUCAGUCACUGUACGAAUCAGCUCUGGUAACCCGUGAAGACGGGAACCGCUACCUUGAAGAAGGCGAGCUCGCUGGACAGACGCAUCUCCUCCGAGCAACAGGUUUACUAGGAUUCCGGAUAGGGUCCAACUUGGUCGCCGCACUCCUCCGCUUGCAGCAGUGGACGGCUGCUCACGAGAAGGCAACCAAGGUAAUCAACAUGGUAGAAAAAAUUGGAAAGAAUAUUGUCUUUGAGCCUGGCGCGCUGGCUAAGCUCUAUCAUCGGAGAGCGCUGGCAAGCCAGGGAAUGGGAAAGAUGGCUCGAGCCGUUAAGGAGAUUCAAGAGGCAUUGUCCUUCGACCCAAAAAACACGCAGAUGAAGGCGAAAUUGAAGGAGUGGAAGUUGCAGUCAAAGGAUCCGAACCAGGUACAAGCCGCAUUGAAGGCAUUGACGAUGUGA